UCUGCGUUCGACUGCUCGAGUCUAAUCAAAGAUGGCGCUGUAAAAGCCAAGGUUUGUUUUCCAUGGGUGCAAAGUAUGUUUAAGUGCAUUAACCGAACGGCCCAGUUUACGAGAUAUCUCCAGUCAGCAGGGAACGGUUUCCUCCUUAACCAAGAUUUUAGGCUGGUGUCAUCCCUGCCACUCAGAAUGACCGACCCCGCUGUGCAGAGGGUGAUUAGUGACGUAAUUCGCUCCCCCGAGGACAAACGGGUGUACAGGGGCCUGGAAUUCAGCAAUGGCUUGAAGGCCAUGCUCAUCAGUGACCCAACAACAGACAAGUCUUCAGCUGCUUUGGAUGUCCAUAUAGGUUCGUUAUCAGACCCAGGAAACAUCUCAGGCCUGGCGCACUUUUGUGAGCACAUGCUAUUUUUGGGAACACAGAAGUACCCAAAGGAGAAUGAGUACAGCCAGUUUCUGAGCGAGCACGCAGGCAGCUCCAACGCCUUUACCAGCGGAGAGCAUACCAACUACUACUUUGACGUGUCCCAUGAGCACUUGCAAGGAGCUCUAGAUAGGUUUGCUCAGUUCUUCCUGUGCCCGUUAUUUGACGAGAGCUGCAAGGACCGUGAGGUGAACGCUGUGGACUCUGAGCAUGAGAAGAACUUGAUGAAUGAUGCAUGGAGGCUGUUUCAGCUGGAGAAGGCCACUGGCAACCCAAAUCACCCCUUCAGCAACUUUGGAACAGGUAACAAGUUGACUCUUGAGACCCGACCGUCCAAGGAUGGGAUCGACAUCCGCCAGGAGCUGUUGAAAUUUCACUCUACGUAUUACUCCUCUAACCUCAUGGGCCUGUGCGUGUUAGGAAGAGAGUCUCUAGAUGAGUUGACGUCCAUGGUGGUGAACCUGUUUGGAGAAGUGGAAAACAAGAAUGUGCCUAUCCCAGAAUUCCCUGAGCACCCCUUUCAGGAAGAACACCUCAGACAAUUCUACAAAGUGGUUCCUAUCAAAGACAUCAGGAACCUGUAUGUGACGUUCCCCAUCCCAGACCUACAGAAGUACUACAAAUCGAAUCCAGGACAUUAUCUCGGACAUCUGAUUGGCCAUGAAGGACCUGGGAGUUUGUUAUCUGAGCUGAAAUCUAAAGGCUGGGUGAACACGCUUGUUGGAGGGCAAAAAGAAGGAGCCAGGGGAUUCAUGUUCUUCAUCAUCAACGUGGACCUGACUGAGGAGGGCCUCUUGCACGUGGAGGACAUCAUCUUCCACAUGUUCCAGUACAUCCAGAAGCUGCGCACCGAGGGGCCGCAGGAGUGGGUGUUUGAGGAAUGCAAGGAUUUGAACAAAGUGGCCUUCAGGUUCAAGGACAAGGAGCGACCCCGUGGCUACACCUCCAAAGUGGCAGGUUUACUACACUACUACCCCCUUGAAGAAGUUCUAGCAGCAGAGUACCUGUUGGAGGAUUUCAGGCCAGAUCUGAUUGAGAUGGUGCUGGAUAAGCUGAGACCAGAAUACGUCAGAGUUGCAGUGGUGUCAAAAUCAUUUGAAGGACAAACAGACCAGACAGAAGAGUGGUACGGCACGCAGUACAAACAGGAGGCCAUCUUGGAAGAAACCAUCAAGACAUGGGCCAAAGCAGACCUGAACGGAAAGUUUAAACUGCCGAUGAAAAACGAGUUCAUCCCCACAAACUUUGAGAUCUACCCCCUUGAGAAAGACUCCCCUUCGUUCCCCACGUUAAUCAAGAACACGGCGAUGAGCAAGGUGUGGUUCAAGCAGGACGACAAGUUCUUCCUGCCCAAGGCGUGUCUCAACUUUGAGUUCUUCAGUCGCUACCUUUAUACAGAUCCCCUGCACUGCAACAUGACCUACUUGUUACUCAGGUUACUGAAGGAUGAUUUAAAAGAGUAUACAUAUGCAGCCCGCCUGGCCGGGCUGGUGUAUGGCGUAGCCUCAGGGAUGAAUGCCAUCCUCCUGUCUGUGAAAGGUUACAACGACAAACAGCACAUCCUGCUGAAGAAGAUCAUUGAGAAGAUGGCCACCUUUGAGAUCGAUGAGAAGCGCUUUGACAUCAUCAAAGAAGCGUACAUGAGGUCUUUGAAUAACUUCAGAGCAGAGCAGCCUCACCAGCACGCCAUGUACUACCUCCGUCUCCUAAUGACUGAGGUGGCUUGGACCAAAGAUGAGCUCAGAGAGGCUCUAGACGAUGUAACUCUCCCACGCCUCAAGGCCUUCAUACCUCAGCUAUUGUCACGGUUACAUAUUGAAGCCCUUCUCCAUGGCAACAUCACCAAGGAGUCUGCUCUUGGCAUGAUGCAAAUGUUGGAGGACACGCUCAUCGAGCACGCUCACACGAAACCCCUCCUCCCGAGCCAACUGAUUCGCUACAGAGAGGUGCAGGUUCCAGACGGUGGCUGGUAUGUUUACCAGCAGAGGAACGACGUGCACAACAAUUGCGGCAUCGAGAUCUACUACCAGACGGACAUGCAGACCACCCACGACAACAUGCUGCUGGAGCUGUUCUGCCAGAUCAUCUCUGAGCCCUGCUUCAACACGCUGAGAACCAAAGAACAGCUGGGCUACAUCGUGUUCAGCGGCCCCCGGCGGGCUAACGGGGUGCAGGGCCUGCGCUUCAUCAUCCAGUCGGAGAAGGCGCCCCACUACCUGGAGAGCCGCGUGGAGGCCUUCCUCUGCACCAUGGAGAAAUCCGUGGAGGAGAUGAGCGAGGAGGCCUUCCAGAAACACAUCCAGGCCCUGGCCAUCCGCCGCCUGGACAAACCCAAGAAGCUGUCCGCCGAGUGCGCCAAGUACUGGGGGGAGAUCAUCUCUCAGCAGUAUAACUUUGACAGAGAUAACAUUGAAGUGGCAUAUCUGAAGACUUUGACGAAGGAAAAUGUCAUGCAGUUCUACAGAGAACGGCUGACGGUGGACGCCCUGAAGAGACACAAGGUGUCUGUGCACGUCCUCUCCAGAGAGAUGGACUCCUGUCCGAUAGUGGGAGAGUUCCCGGCUCAGAACGAUGUCAACCUGGCUCCUGCUCCUUCCCUGCCUCAGCCCACUUUGGUUCAGGACAUGACUGAGUUCAAGAGGAGCCUGCCUCUGUUCCCCCUGGUCAAGCCUCACAUCAACUUCAUGGCUGCCAAACUGUGAGCGAGGCCGGGGGUCGACACGCAGCAGCACGGGGGAGGAAGCGGGCCGCCGGAUUCUGGAGCCUGAACCUACACCCUCACACCCCCCCCCCACAUCAGGAAGACUUCAUCUGACUGAGCCUGCAUGACUGUGUGUUUGCGUGUUUGUGUGUUUGCGCGGGUGCAUAUGGAUGCUUGUGUGUGUGUGUGCGUGUGUGUGUGGCAGGCUGGAGAAGAGAUGCUCUGAAACAAAACAAAUCACAAAGUUAGCUCCGUGGUUGUCGACGUAGCCGUGGUAACGGUAGAGGUCUCACUGGACUCGCCUCAUGUUCACGUCUCCCAAAAAAAAAAAAAAAAAAAAAGAAAGCAGAAAAAAAAAACAAAGGAGAUGCAAAACUCGCACGCAUCACGACACAGUGUAGACUGUUAGAGAGAAAUAGAAGCAACAUUAAUUAAAAAAGAAAAAGAGCACGUUAAGACGAGGGUCAGAUCCCUUUAAGUGAGUCCAAGUGUACCGCAGGAGCUUCGCAUCCAGAGGUGUUUUUAUUUGAGUUCUUCAGACUCAGAGUCGUGCUGCUGUGGCGUCAUAGGAGAGGGGAGGGGAGGGGAGGGGAGGGGGGGCAUGAACCGGAGGCGGUAACCCCACGAAGGUCUUGUUUUAUUUGUCGGACUGGUGUGGGAGGCGCCCACAGCUCUCUCCACAAUAUUAUUACGGCAAAAGUUGCACUCAGUCAAAACGGGACGUUUUAUUCUUGCUCACCUGAAGCUGCUCCAUCAUGGUUUUAAUCUUUGCAUGUGUCAGAAUGUUUCUAGCCUGUGACCUGGGAAAAUGUCGGGACCCUUCGAGGAGCUGUUUUAAAAAAAAGAAAAAUUUGCUAACCACUGAACCACGGCCAUUUAAAAAAAAAAAAAAGUUUUUAUUUUUUAUUCGCAUUUUACAGUAGUUUGUAAUUCUACAUCUCAGGGGUACGUCCAUGCUGUUUUUUUCUUCUUCUUCUUUUUUUUUUAUUUGACAUUAAGUUUUAUUAGUAAUUAAAAUAAAAACCCUUCUUUUAUCAGCGAAUUAUUUGUUUUUUUGUUAUUUCAUGAAUUGGUUUUAGUCCUCAGACUGAAAAGGAGGUAGGGGACGGCUGUGGAGACGAAGAGUAUUUAUUUAUUUGAUCCUUUUCUAAGACCUGAGGGAGGCUGUCGCUGUUCGUACCCUCUGUCCUGUGGGGAGGAGCUGGUGUCAUAUUGUGAUCGGAGGCAGGAUUUUACCCCCACCCCCCCCCCCCCCCACCACCACCGCUAAAUAGUUGGGACGGCUCUCGCAGCGUAGAUGUCAAACAAAGCAGCUAGCCUUGUAUUAUUUUUAUUUUGAAACAUUUAGUCUAAAGAGUCCAGACUUGUUUUCUGAACAUAUAUAAUAUAUAUAUUUAUAUAUAUAUAUAUGCACUUCUCUCGCGAAGCAAUAACCUUCCUCUCGUGGACAGGGACCGGUGUGAGACAGACAGAAAGAGACGUAGCUCUGUCUCCACCGCUGAGUACAAAGAGCAGCUGGACUCCUGGAGUAGAUGGUGUGACCUGCUCUCUCAGGUGCUAACCAACUUUGUGUUUUUAAGAAUAAUAGUAAUGAAAAAAGAAAAAAAAAAAAAACAUUAUUUUGUCCCCAGCACCAUCGCGGCUCUUAGCCUCAUUCUCUCUGUCACACGAUGCUGCGUAGUUUUAAACAAGGUCAUUUUGAAUCCACUAUAUGGCUGAAGUUAAAGCUGCUUCUUCGUUUUCCUCAACUGCAUCGAAACCAUUUCAGUUAUUAUUAUUAUUAUUAUUAUUAUUAUUAGAGCUUUCAAACCCAGGCCUCUUCAUUACCACCUGCUACUGUUAUAAAGGACACUCUUCCCUUGUGGUCAAACCCAAAGACGACGUCAACAACAACCAGCAGCAGCCGCCGCCGCCGCCACCGGCCUUAGGUAGCGUCCCACUCCCACAGCUUUCAGAGCGUCCUCCGAGAAACUAGCAUCAUUACAUAUCAGGCUUGGGUGGUUUGGGCCAUGCACUGUUUACUUUGUGAAGAAGUACCUACUACUGAGUGGUUUUCAUUUCUGGAUGUAUUUAGCAAAAAAAAAGAAAAAAAAACGGACUGAUUGGCUUCAUGGGCUGGUGAAGAGUGCUGAUCUUUUUGAGUUUGGUCUUUUUAUGUCUCCUGUGUGUUUCUAAUGAAUAAACAAGUCAAUGGAACCCGUUUCCGUCUCACGGUUUCAUCCUUCAACACACAAACACGCACACGUCAACAUGUGGAAAAAUACAUUUAUUCACAGAACCGACACCAUAGACGUCGACAAUCAGAAGCAACUUCUCUACAGCACAGUUCACACUUGAGCGCCUUUCUUUUUUUUUUUUUGUUUUUUGGCAGAGGGUGAAUGUACGCCUGGGUCACAUGUGCAGGUUAAAUAGUCGUCGUGCCUUUUUCGUCGGAGCAGCAGCGGCUUAGAGGGUCGUCUCCAAGCCGGCUGCCGCGUUUGCAAAGGAAAUUAUCACAUCAUGCAAGGUCAGUUCACAAAAAAAAUGACAACAAGCCCAUGCAGGUGCAGCAAGUGAGCUGUUUUCAGACUUCCACUAAUGCACCAAUUUAAUUCUGUUGCAUUUAAAUAUUAAAUAUACAUUUCCCCCCCCUUUUAAUUUAGAAAUACUGAACAGAUUUAGGGAAGGGCUGGCUUCCCGCUUCCCACUUGUUGUCUGUUUGAACUGACUCUCACAGCCACACGAGCAUCUUUCCUGGUAAUUACACAACGGUCUGAACCGAGCUGAAGGCCACAGUCACAGUCAGGCAACACGGCAGUCCCAUCAUCACAUGAGGGGCAGAAAAGAUUCAAAAGUAAAAUCCCUUCAUCAUCAUCA